CAUUUUUAGAUGUUUCAUCAGCUAUCAAAUAGUUUUUUUGUGUAUAUAUUAAGGAAACAGGAUUGAUAGUGGUUGCUGUUGUGGGUAUGUUGGCCCUCUAAUGGAAUACCUUUCAGUUACCAUUUACAAAUUGUUAAAAUUGGGAUCUUAUAAUUUGAGAGAAAAGGAAGUAGUCCAUCUUUGGCAGACCAGGACUUCUUUUUGCAUCUUUUUUUUUUUUUUUUCCUUUUUCAGUACUCUUACAGUAGUACACCAGAACUUUCCUGCUCCUGAUUUCAUGCUGUUUUGCUUCCAAAUGAAUGUUGUUUGGUUCAGUGGAAAGAGCACUGAACACAGACACAGCUAAUGGAGCUGGGUUAAAUUCUGUUUCUGCCAUUUAUUGUCUAUAUAAGCAUGGACAAGUAACUUAACCUUGAUGGGUCUCAUUCUUUCAUCUACAAAAUGAGAGACUUAGACUAGAUAAUUUCUCAGAUCCUUUGUAAUAUUAUGGGAGAUAUCAAACGAUAAACUAAUUCACAUGAUAUUAUCAUCAUGGAUGUGUUAUUUUUCCCAGAGAUGCUUGUUUUUUACUGGCAGAAAUAGGUUAAUAUCUAAAUACUAAUCUUAUUUUUACCUAGAUAGUUAAUAUCUAAUACAAAGGAAUGAAGUGAUAAUAGUGAAAUUUCAUAUAUUAUUAUGGAGGAUGUGAGAGAAGACUUUCACUUCCUUCUCCUUCCUCCCCAAGCACUCUAGCCUAUCAGAUAUAUGAUCUACUCUGCCACUAUUUGAAGCCAACCCAUGGCUAAGAGGUAAAAGGAAAAAGGAGAAAAAUUUGUGAGAAGGUAAAAUUUCUUAAUGGGGGAAAAAGAGUGACAUAAUAUGGGUGGAAAAAAAAAAACAGGUGCUUUUAAGAAAUAAACAAUAGGUGAUUGUGACUUUAGUUACUAAAGAAAUUAGGGGACGUGUUAGGGAGCAGAGGAAACUAUUUUAAUUAGGUAGAUGAGUGUUCACUACCUUUGAGCUUACCUAAUUGCAGAUUUACUACAGUCCAGAGAAGGGUAAAUGACUUUUCUGCAUUCCAGCCUACUCUAAUCUUAUCCAAGAGAAGUGGAGCUAUUUCUUAGUUUACAAUUGAGGUCACUAGCAGGAUGGUAUUUGAACAGGGGGUUGAUGGAAUGAUGUUGUGCUGCUAACAUGAGCUGUCACACUAUGAAAUCCCCAGGGUAAACAAGCACCUUAGCGAUUUUAUUGGGUUUCUGGGUUCCUGCCUGCACUGUCUCUUAAAAUGUUCCUACCCCAAAUUAACUUGUACUUAAUAAAAAUAGGGAGAAGUUAUGUUUGCUUUUACUAGUCACAUAAUUUGAAAAGCAUUUCAAUUUGAAAUUUGAAAAAAAGAUUCUCUGAAAGGGUUCCCCAAAAGUUUAAAGAUACCAGGGAAUAAGAAAUGGAUCUUAGUUAUCCAAGACAAUCAUUAUAACAUCCUCAGAGAGGAUGCUUGCUUGAGGAAAAAGUCUGAAAGUGAGCUGUCUGUUUGCACUUUCAUAUUGACUUUUCCAGUAGCUAAAGAAGCUACUAGUAUUUCUAGUAAAUCAGUAAAUCUUUUUUUUUUUUUAAAUGUGGUGAAUAACUAUAUAAACCAACUCUAAGGCUGACCCAUAGGAAGGUGAUAUUGUAUGAAAUUCAAGAUUCACACUGGAUUUACAAGUUCAAGUUCAACUGACUAUGCCUUUGACCUCUUGGGUUUUUUGUUCUGCUUUUCAGUUAGACUCUGACUUUGUUCUUUAAUCAGUAUUAUAUUAAAAAAACAAAUUUGCAAGGCAAUGUUUCCCACAUUGACAAUAAGAUAAGGGGUUUGGAUGAAGCAAGCCCUAUUGCAAAGGACAAGCAUCAUGCAGCAGGAAAUCCUGGUUAUCCCUUCCAGCCUUUGAGCAAAGCUGAGCAGGCUACCUCUCUGGCAGCUCAGCCUGUCAUGCAGAGGAAAUUCCCUUACUCAGUUACAAGUACUUCAAGCGGGACACAGGGGCCCCUCGCCAACCACAGGGUUGGGCACCAUCUGCGAGUGACCAUUUCUCCGACCUGUUUUGGAACUAUCUCUACAAAUGGCUUUUGUUUCGGAUCCCCUUGGAGCCUCAAUCCCCCGUCUGUCUCCACGAUCCAAAAUGAGAUUGUGUUUCUCCAAAUCCUACAGUUUCGACGUGGACAAUGGCACAUCUUCGGGACGGAGUCCCUUGGAUCCCAUGACAAGCCCAGGAUCAGGGCUAAUUCUCCAGGCUAAUUUUGUCCACAGUCAACGCCGGGAGUCUUUCCUGUAUCGGUCUGACAGUGACUAUGACCUUUCUCCAAAGUCCAUGUCGAGGAACUCCUCCAUUGCCAGUGAUAUACAUGGAGAUGACUUGAUUGUGACUCCAUUUGCUCAGGUCCUGGCCAGCCUGCGUACUGUACGGAAUAACUUUGCUGCUUUAACCAAUUUACAAGACCGAGCACCUAGCAAAAGAUCACCCAUGUGCAACCAACCAUCCAUCAACAAGGCAACUAUAACAGUGGGUAAAAUGGCAUCACAAGAGGAAACUGGAAGGGAUCUUGCCACCCCUCCUGACAAAAGACAUGCAACUCAUUCCUUUAAGGGAGAGGAGGCUUACCAGAAACUGGCCAGCGAGACCCUGGAGGAACUGGACUGGUGCCUGGACCAGCUAGAGACCCUGCAGACCAGGCAUUCCGUCAGUGAAAUGGCCUCAAACAAGUUUAAAAGAAUGCUCAACCGGGAACUCACCCAUCUGUCAGAAAUGAGCCGAUCUGGAAACCAAGUCUCCGAAUAUAUCUCAAACACAUUUUUAGACAAGCAACAUGAAGUAGAGAUUCCUUCUCCCACCCAGAAGGAGAAAGAGAAAAAGAAAAGGCCCAUGUCCCAGAUCAGUGGAGUCAAGAAAUUGAUGCACAGUUCCAGUUUAACAAAUUCCAGUAUUCCACGAUUUGGAGUGAAAACUGAUCAAGAAGAUGGACUUGCCAAGGAAUUAGAAGAUGUGAACAAAUGGGGUCUUCAUGUUUUCAAAAUAGCAGAAUUUUCUGGGAAUCGACCUCUGACAGUUAUCAUGCACACCAUUUUUCAGGAACGAGAUUUGUUAAAAACAUUUAAAAUUCCAGUAGACACUUUAAUUACCUACCUGAUGACUCUAGAAGACCAUUACCACGCUGAUGUGGCCUAUCAUAAUAAUAUACAUGCUGCAGAUGUAGUUCAGUCCACUCAUGUGCUGCUAUCGACGCCUGCUUUGGAGGCAGUGUUCACAGAUUUGGAGAUUCUUGCAGCAAUUUUUGCUAGUGCAAUACAUGAUGUGGAUCACCCUGGGGUGUCAAACCAGUUCCUGAUUAAUACAAAUUCUGAACUUGCCUUGAUGUACAAUGACUCAUCAGUCUUGGAGAACCAUCAUUUAGCUGUGGGCUUCAAGUUGCUGCAGGAGGAAAAUUGUGACAUUUUCCAGAAUUUGACCAAAAAGCAAAGACAAUCAUUAAGGAAGAUGGUUAUUGACAUUGUACUUGCAACAGACAUGUCUAAACACAUGAAUCUACUGGCUGACUUGAAAACUAUGGUCGAAACUAAGAAAGUUACAAGCUCUGGGGUUCUUCUUCUUGAUAAUUAUUCAGAUAGGAUUCAGGUCCUACAGAAUAUGGUGCACUGUGCAGAUCUAAGCAAUCCAACGAAGCCUCUUCAGCUCUACCGACAAUGGACAGACAGGAUAAUGGAGGAGUUUUUCCGCCAGGGAGACCGGGAACGGGAACGGGGAAUGGAAAUAAGUCCCAUGUGUGACAAGCACAAUGCCUCAGUAGAAAAGUCACAGGUGGGAUUCAUAGACUACAUUGUUCAUCCUCUUUGGGAAACGUGGGCAGACCUCGUACAUCCCGAUGCCCAGGACAUCUUGGACACGUUGGAGGACAAUCGUGAAUGGUACCAGAGCACAAUUCCUCAGAGUCCUUCUCCUGCCCCUGAUGACCAGGAGGAAGGCAGGCAAGGACAGACUGAGAAAUUUCAGUUUGAACUGACUUUGGAGGAGGAUGGCGAGUCAGACACCGAAAAGGACAGUGGCAGUCCGGUGGAGGAAGACACCAGCUGCAGUGACUCCAAAACUCUUUGUACCCAAGACUCAGAGUCCACUGAAAUCCCUCUUGAUGAGCAGGUGGAGGAGGAGGCAGUGGGGGAAGAGGAGGAGGAGGCAGGUCCGGCAGAAUCUUGUGCAAUAGAACACGAGCACUCCCCUGAUACGUAACAAACAGUGUGAAUGAAGACUUUUCACUUUCUCUUUUUUUUUAAACAGAAAAAAAAAAAGUAGAAAAUGGUUUCCAAAGUGCAUGUCACAUGCCACAACCAUAGUCACACCUGUCAUCUGCCAGGACACGUCUGUUGAACAAAACUGACCCUGAUUACUCAGCUUGGCACUCAGGAAUAUCGUAACCAGGAUUUUCACCUCCACAGCUUCAGAACAGGGGGAUGUACUCAUGAAAGCAUUUUCACAAGAUCUCAGCUUGGUAGGGCUGACUCAGCAGCCAGGCUGCUCCACCAUGUUUUCAUGGGAGUAUAUAGCUUGUCAGCCAAAGGCUGAUUUGGUUUGGGGUUCGUUUUGUUUUUGUUUAUUUUCUUUUGUUUUAUUAUUAUUAUUAUUUUUGGAAAUAAGAUGGUAUUACAUGACAUGAAGUUUUGUGAAGUUUUUAGAAUACAACCAGAGCAAACUGAGGUUCUAAUGGAGGAAACAAGGUGUGAUGAGACACAGCACGAGUCUGUUACCAGGAGGAAGAUGAGCCGCAGAAAUUGCAAAAUUUUCUAAUUUCAAGUCUUCCUGUUAUAUAUGACUGAACAGUGUGGCUCAAAGGGCUACACUGACCUCUACAUUUUGUAUGAUAUGUAAAACAAGAUCUUUUGUAGAGCUUACUUUUAUUAAUAUUAAAUGUAUUGAGGUAUCACCUAUUUAAAAAUAAUAUGUUCAGAACUUCAUCUGCCACUGGCUAUUUUUUCCCCUAAAGAGUAACUUGCAAGUUUUCAGUACAGAUCUGUGCUACACUGGAUAAAUAAUUAUAAUUUAAGAUUUUUUUUUUUUGCACCUUAGAGUUCAUAGCAAUUAACUGAUCUGUAGCAAUUCAUUGUUUUAUAUACCAAUGACUUCCAUAAAAACAAAAAUCUUGAGUUGAAGUAGACCCUUUUGAUAGAAUCCAGUUUACUUUGGUUUUCCUUUAAUAUUUCCCCCCCAAAUGAUCAGAAUCCUAUCUUUCCUGAGCACUAUCCUUCAUAGCAUAGAGCAAACAAACCUUGGUUCUAUAGCCCAGCAGUGGGCUAAUUUUUCCAAAAGUAGAAUUUACAGAAGCAUUAGUUGGUUGGUUGUGGAGCAAAGUUGGUAGAGAUAAACCUUCUCAGUUGUGUAUUAAACAAGACAUAGAACCUUUCCAAAAAUGCACAAGAACUAAGAUUUAAAAUGGAUGAUGCUUCAUGUUCAUAUUCUGUUACAACCAGCUACCUGUCCUGAGAGGGAGGCUUUGCUGUAGUCUCAGGCUCCUUCAAAACUUCUUAGAACCUUUGUCCAAGUAGAAAAGGUCUGUUUGAUCAGGGCAUUGGAAUCAUCAUGCUUUAGAAAGAAAUUUUGUUAUAUAGAAUGGCCCAGUUUUGUAUACUGUUUGGAACUCAAAGGGAAAUUUCCAGAGAAAGAGUCUAGGGAAUGAGGCAAUCAUUUGGAAUUUUAGAAGUAUUCAUAUGCUGGCUGAUUUGGUUUCUGUGACUUAUGCUGGAAGAUUUAAAGCCACAUCAAUUUGAAUUGAAAGCUAAGAAAAACUUGUAAUUACAUUUACUACCUGCCAGAUUUCUUAAGUCCAUGCUAAAUCUAGAAAAGGGCUUCUAUCUGGCAACAAAUGCUAAAGGGAGAAGAAAUCUACUAAUUCUUAGUUAUGCCAAUCCUGAGGGAAGGGAAUUGGUGAUGAUUGGGGUUGAAGGUGAUCAAUUUAUCAGCAAUAACCUUGGGAAGGUAGAGAAAGACCCCUUGGGUCUCAUAAAGAACAUUAAAGUCCUACCUUAGAAAACUGGAAAAGGAUAGGUAUCUCUGCUUGGUUCAGCCCUUGGAAAUUUCAUUGAGAUUUGAGAUAUUGAUAGGUUGAAGUACAAAGUGAUAACUGAAUAACCCUGGAAUGAUUUGACUUUUUUUUAAACUGUAAACUUCCUUUCAAGUUCUGUUUUUAAAGAGCAUCUAAAAAUAGAAGAGAAAGGGGAGAACAAAGGUUCUCGGUGAUAGGAUUAAAAAAAAUAAAACAAAAUCCAAUAGAACAAGGACCACUAUGAGAAGUGAGUAGAUCACAAACUUGGAGAAUAAUUCCAACAGCUUGUAUUAGCUGAGACUGGGGCAGUUUCUCUCUGGCUUCCAUCCAGAGAGCCAUCCUGAUGUUUACAUAGCACCUUUCUGGUAGAGAGAGUUCCCUGCAGUUGGUCUAAUAGCCAGUUAAGUGAUUAUCAACCCCUUUCUCUAUGUAUCCCUUACCCCACAACAAUAAGCAAAAUAAAGAUCUCCAAUCUUGCUCUCUUUGAGCAGUGAUUCCACCUACAGCAUUUUGUUCUUGCUUUCUGUUUGGGCUUCAGAGAUUGAAAAAGGUCUUUUCUAUUUACUGAAGGAAGGACAGACAGACAGAGCUUCCUCAUGAUUCUGUCUGUGGUUUCUUCUCUUUCCAGCAUGUCCCUUUCAUCCCCAUAAUCCAUAGGGCUUUUUCCCCACAGAGUGCCUGUAAUUUUAAAGAAGCAAUAUAAGUACCUAAACAGGUACAGACCUGAAACAAUUGUAUAGCUGCACUAAAGGAAAAAAAGUACUUUUAAAAAUGCCCCCAUGCUGUGAAAGAUAACCACAGAUGGACAAUCAUUCCUUUGAAAGGGCCUAACAGCGUAGAGCUAGGAUCUAAUGCAUCGUACAAUCCUCUUUAUAUCCCCCCUUCUUGCCAAAGUGUGCUCCAAUAGCACAUGGCUACUUUAGAAGGAAAAAAAAAAUAAUUCCUUCUAUGAGUGGCUUUUUUUUUAAUGCAUAAGAAAGGGGAACAUUUGGGUACUGUAUGGGGAAGGAAAGAAUCCAAGUUUGCCUAAAACAAGUACAUUUUAGCUUGCAAGUUACUUAACACAGUAAUACUGUUUUUAUUUUCAUUGUUUUCCUGAUGUUAUUGUUAAAAUUCAUGAUGAGAUAGUAUAGUUAGAACAAAUGGCAAAGAGAAAAAAAAAAAACUUGAAUGAAAUGGAUUUUACAGAAAGCUUUAUGGUAAUUUUUGAAUGCAUUAUUUAUUUUUUUGUGCCAUAUUUUUUUUCUCACCAAAUGACCUUACCUGUAAUACAGUCUUGUUUGUCUGUUUACAACCAUGUAUUUAUUGUAAUGUACAUACUGUAAUGUUGAUUGUAAAUUAUCAGUUCUUAUUAAAACAUCCCCCAUGACUGGGUGGUGUUGGUAUAUUUGGAAACUCUUGGUGAGAGAAUGAAUGGUGUGUAUACAUACUUACUGUACAUGUUUUUUCCUUCUGUAACAUAGUCUGUGUCACCUUAGAGCUUGUUUAUGGAAGAUUCAAGGAAAACUAUAAAAUACAUAAAAGAAGUUAUAUAAAUAAAUUAAAAAAACAAAAAAACAAAAACAAACAGCUGCAGGUCUUUGGUCCCAGGGCUGUGCCUUAACUUUAAAUAAUAUUAUCUUCUGUUUUGCUGCAUUUGAAAGUAAGGUAACAGUGGGGCUAGGGCUGGGCAUUCCAACCAGGUUACUUUUAACUGAUUAGAUCAUGAGCAAUAGUCAGUUUUUACAAAAUCACAACCAACCUUGAAAAGUUCAACCCCCUUUUGAACUAUUAGCUUCUAUUUGCAAUAAACAGCAUUGUAGACAUGAUUCUACAACAACUGAUCAGGAACAAUUUUAAUCAGUCCUUUUAAAUCAUUCCCUUAUUUUAAAACACUACAAGAUGAACACACUAGAAAGCUAACAAUAACAAACUUUCUUGAUUUCAAGAGCACAUAGGAAAAUGAAUAUGAAGUGAAAUGAGAAUCACAAAUUAUAUCUACAUAUAGCUAUUUUUUUUUAUCUUCCAAGAGCUGUUAUUCUUUAACCAUUAUUUCCUCAUAUAGUAAAGAUUAUUAUCAUUAUUUAGAGCCCAGGAAUUUUCUCUAGUAAAUAGCAGCUAAACCUGCCCUUUUAUGUAUGUGAAUCUGUCUGCUCACAGAGGUUACAUAGAAUAGAAAUGCACAAAGUAAAAAGGACUCAUCUUUAAAACAUGUUUCAAUAUAGCUGGUAUUUAGAAAUUUUGGAAUUUAACCAUUUCUGGUGGCCAACUCCUGAGUGCUGCAUGAAUUUCCCAGUGUUAGAUGUGGGUAGAUCUUCUUCCUACCACUGAUGCCCAGCCCUUGAAACAUGUGACUGUUCAGUGAAAGGAGAGAUUCUUUUUCAAGGAAAAACAGAGCCUCCUUUUUUUUUGACACAAACUGUAGAUUUUAGCAGCCCUGGCCCAAAGGAAUUUGACUACUUUUGUUUUAAACAGUAUAAAAAGGGACACUAUAAUUACAAAGAAACAAACCAACAAAGUCCUGGACAGUUUUCAUUGUUUUUUAAUUUGGUUUUUCCUUUGGGUAUUGUCUUCAGAGUGGCAACUUGUAUGUGACCAUUACAAAUGAUUCUCCUGUUUCUUAGCCUCUCUUACAGCCCAUGGGAUAGUACUGUACAUCAAAUACCUUCAUAUGAAAUUUUUAUAUGCAAUGAAAAUAAAAGCAUGGGUUGAUUCUGCCUA